AUGGGAGACAUGGAAUUUGCUAAAGCUCAUAAUUCUGCAAUUUUUCUCAAAGACCCUCCUGCAGUCCACAAUGACUUGAAAUUCAUUGUGGAUGGCUUGAAGAAAUCCUGUUUGGUUCAUGCUCUAACUACAAGUCUUGCUAUCUACCAAAGUUUGAUUAAGGAAUUCUGGAGGAAUGCUGUUGUAAAGAAGAAUGGUCAGGGUGAAAAAUUCAUUGAAACAACAAUCGAAGACAAGAAAAUUCAAGAAGUAUUAGAGCAUAUGGGAUACAAGGGAACUUUUCCUCCUACAAUUAAGAAGCUACUUCCUCCUUGCUGGAAGUACUUGGCUCAUGUGUUCGUGAGCUACAUUUCUGGCCGAAGAUCAGGAGCAAAUGAGAUUUCUCUGGCCAACACUGGUGCCAUUGCAGCAUUGGCAGCAGGUUGUAAGUUCAAUUUCUCAAAAUUUAUAAUGAAUGAAAUGAUACUAAAUCUUGAAGGGAGCAAAAGAGACAAAUUUUGGAUGUAUCCAAGAUUUUUACAAAUCAUCCUUAACGUAACUCACCCCGAGCUGCAGAGAGGAAAUGAUACUUUGGAUUUCAAAUCCAUUGGUCCAAGUGCCUUUGGACUAAUGAAACAAAAGAGAGAAGAACAAUCAAUGCCGAUGGAAAAUGAAGAUAUUUCUCACUCUCCCCCCGAGCCUGACGUGGAGGAGAUUCAUGACUCUCCCACAGCUUAUGUAGUUGAUGAGCAUGAUAAUCAGAAAGAAAAUGAUUCAAAAUCUUAUCGAGAGGAUGAUGACGAUGAUCUUUAUGAAGAUGUGGAGUUUUUAAAAGAAAUCGACUUUACGGGAAUCAAUGACGACAUUCCAACAAACAUAGAGUUUGACAUUGGUGAUGAAGAUUUUGAUCCUUUUCUAGAUAUUCCCAGCAGCCAUGUUAAUAAAGUCAAUGAAGUUGCUUCUUUAGCAACCAAGACUAGAGAUGGAGGAAAUGUUUUCAAGAUUCUAUUCUCUACUUCGAAGCCCUUGGAGAUCGCACCAAGUCAAGGAGAUGUGACAUCAGAGAUUCCUCCCUCUGUGCCACUUAUCUCAAUUUCUGCUCCAGUCAGUUCUGACUCAACUGAACCUCAGACUUCUCAGUCUUCCAUAAAAACAAGUCAACCUCUUGAAAGUCUGAAGGCACCUGCUGUAAGAUGUGCUCCUCAAGUCCUUUCAACAAUCACUGCUACCUCUACUCACUCUCCUCCAAAGAAAACAGAUGAAGCUUCUAUUAGAUUAGCAAAACAUCUGGCUCAAUCUAGUCCAUCCUCUUCACGCGGAAAAGGAAUAUCAUUCAAGGAGGGUCGAUCAGGUGAUGACAAAUCUUCUUCGCCUUAUCUUCGAGAGGAGAUUGGGAUUCUCCGUCAAGAGCUCAUCGAAAAAUCAAUUCAGAUGGAUCAGCUUUCUGUAUACAUCUUUGACCUCAGGGCAAAGGGUGAAGAAAAGAACAAACAAAUCAAUGAUCUACAAAUGAGUCUUGGAUAUGUUCUUGCCAAUUAUUUCAAUCUUAAGAACGUGUUGUACGAUGCUUUUGGUGAAAAAGUCAAAGCCCUCUUCCAAAAGCCUCAUGAAGUAGUUGAUCCUCCCUCUGUUCAAUCACCUCCUGCAACUGAUGAUCUACCUGUCAACCCACCUGCUCCGAGAACAACUAAAAUUGUCAAUAGGUCUUUAUUCAUGAAAAAUUCCAAUGAAAAUCGCAAAGCAAAAGACCCUGUCUUAACAGUAACGGAUUUGAAGAAAAGAGAGUUUGGUGAUGAAUAUGGUGAUAGGACAGGUAUCCGAAUGUGGGCCUUUGAUCCAGUGAAGAAUUUGUGGGUUGUAAAGCGAAAAUUAGGAGCAUCUGAAUGUUACAAAAGCACCCAUGAUUUCAACUCUUGGACCAAAACUGAUCUAGCCGAAUUAUCCAGGGCCCCAUUCCACAAUCCCUCCGAAAAUCCCAGUGCUUCGAAUUUUAAAAGAUUUCUAGACAGACAGGUCAGAGAAAACUUUCCAUCAAUGAAGACUGCAAAAGCUCUAUAUAGAAAAGAUAAAGAUGUUCUUGAUCCAGAAUCAGGCAAACCCAUGAAGAUCAUACUCUGGCCUGCAACUAAGAAACAACAGGAAAUUCCUAUUCCUCAACAUUUUCAUGAGGGAUAUCUGGAUAAUAUUGAAUUUUGGGCCUAUGAUGACGAAACUGCAACUGCAGCUAUCAAAUUCAAGAAUCGAGAACAUAUUUUGAGAUUGAUUAAUGCUAAAGAUCUUCUUCGUUUCAGAGAAAGGGAUAUACGAACUCUGGCCAGUCAUCAAAUCAUUUGCAGAAAAGAUGUCAUGGAAGCUGCUGCUAAAGAAUUCACUGCAAUGGUGGCUACCAUCAUAAAUGGAAGAUUGUGGAUGGGAUCGAUGGGGAGCUCAGAUCUGAGGUUGUUUGAGAAGCUUGCUGAGAAGCCAAACGAAUGA